GAGCCAAUUCUUGCCGCGCCGGAAGUACCUACUGAGGAAAGCAUGGUGGUUCCUCUGUUCUUAAGGUCCCGGUGAAUACUGUGUUCCACAGACUCGGAAGAAAAGUUGGACAAGGGUUCACUGGCGAUUGACAAAUAUUCGGGGUAGUUAAAAACAGCAGUUGGAACAUGGAUAGCCGAUUGCAGGAGAUCCGGGAGCGGCAGAAGUUACGGCGACAGCUCCUCGCGCAGCAGUUGGGAGCUGAAAGUGCCGACAGCAUUGGUGCUGUGUUAAAUAGCAAAGAUGAGCAGAGAGAAAUUGCUGAAACAAGAGAAACUUGCAGGGCUUCCUAUGAUACCUCUGCUCCAAAUGCAAAACGUAAGUAUCUGGAUGAAGGAGAGACCGAUGAAGACAAAAUAGAAGAAUAUAAGGAUGAACUGGAAAUGCAACAGGAAGAAGAAAAUUUGCCGUAUGAAGAAGAAAUUUACAAAGAUUCUAGUACUUUUCUUAAGGGAACGCAGAGCUUAAAUCCACAUAAUGAUUACUGCCAACAUUUUGUAGACACUGGACAUAGACCUCAGAAUUUCAUCAGGGAUGUAGGUUUAGCUGACAGAUUUGAAGAAUAUCCUAAACUGAGGGAGCUCAUCAGGCUAAAGGAUGAGUUAAUAGCUAAAUCCAACACUCCUCCUAUGUACUUACAAGCAGAUAUAGAAGCCUUUGACAUCAGAGAACUAACACCCAAAUUUGAUGUGAUUCUUCUGGAACCUCCUUUAGAAGAGUAUUACAGAGAAACUGGCAUCACUGCUAAUGAAAAAUGCUGGACUUGGGAUGAUAUUAUGAAGUUAGAAAUUGAUGAGAUUGCAGCACCUCGAUCGUUUAUUUUUCUCUGGUGUGGUUCUGGGGAGGGGUUGGACCUUGGAAGAGUGUGUUUACGAAAAUGGGGUUACAGAAGAUGUGAAGAUAUUUGUUGGAUUAAAACCAAUAAAAACAAUCCUGGGAAGACUAAGACUUUAGAUCCAAAGGCUGUCUUUCAGAGAACAAAGGAACACUGCCUCAUGGGGAUCAAAGGAACUGUGAAGCGUAGCACAGACGGGGACUUCAUUCAUGCUAAUGUUGACAUUGACUUAAUUAUAACAGAAGAACCUGAAAUUGGCAACAUAGAAAAACCUGUAGAAAUUUUUCAUAUAAUUGAGCAUUUUUGUCUUGGUAGAAGACGCCUUCAUCUAUUUGGAAGAGAUAGUACAAUUCGACCAGGCUGGCUCACAGUUGGACCAACGCUUACAAAUAGCAACUACAAUGCGGAAACAUAUGCAUCCUAUUUCAGUGCUCCUAAUUCCUACUUGACUGGUUGUACAGAAGAAAUUGAGAGACUUCGACCAAAAUCACCUCCUCCCAAAUCUAAAUCUGACCGAGGAGGUGGAGCUCCCCGAGGUGGUGGAAGAGGUGGAACUUCCGCUGGCCGUGGACGAGAAAGAAAUCGAUCUAACUUCCGAGGAGAAAGAGGUGGCUUUAGAGGGGGUCGUGGAGGAGCACACAGAGGUGGCUUCCCACCUCGGUAAUUGUUGAAGACAUUGAUCCUGUUCAUGCUCCUCUAACCUUCUUUAGUGUAGUUAAAUUUCAAGUGGGAGACUUAACUUUAGAAUGCACUUGCAGCUUGCACUUUGCUUUAAUUUCUCUGAGCUGCAGGAAUGUCUUAGCCAACCUCGCUUGCAGUUGUCACACACACUGUAUAGUUUUUUUCAGGAUAAAUGAAUGAUCCUGGCUUUUGUUAUGUGCAUGAACAGAAUGGAACAACUCAAGUAGCUUCGUCUUUGGAGACUGAAUUUAUUCUGAUAGAGUUCAACAAAUUACAAAGGGUUUUGCUAAUUUUUGGAAAUAAACAAUGGAAAAAGAUCCAAUCUGUGGUGUCAUGCUAGUGCUGACAGGAGCUGGUAAUGCACAUCCUGUCACUGCUGCCAUAACAAAUGGGGAGCUGUUUGGGAGCCUUGAUAGAAUAGAGUUGGAACAGAUGGUAAGCUUCUGUCAGGGUUUUAACAUUUUCUUGAUGAAACAAUAAAAAGAGGUAAGCUUUUUUAUUUCCUUCUUUUUAAAGUCUUAAAUAAACUCAGAUAUAAUUUGAAUACCGAAGAAAUUAAAGAGACUUUGAACAAAACCACCUCUUCCCAAAUCUAAAUCUGAUAGGGGAGGUGGAGAUUCCGGGAGCAGGUGAAAGAAGAGAUACAACUUAGUAGACAGACUUAAAACAAAAAACUAAAAAGAAAAAACAAAAGUUCAUCAUCAUAAUCUCAGUUUUGUGGCUAUGACUCUUAAUCAUGCUUCCUAAGAAGCAAAGGAGGACAAAUAUUCAUGUGCUAGAUAGAACUCUGGUGUGGACUUGAACUUGGAUUGACCUUAAAGUAAUUUUAUAUUCCUCAGCAAAAUAAAUGAGAGGCAAGAACAGGAUACCUCACUAUCAGAUGCUUGGUUUAACAUUUUGGGACUAAAAUACUUGGUGAUGAAAUGACAUACACCUUUAAACAUGUUAUGGAGACAGUUUAAUAUAAAACCAACUACAGAAAACUUUCAACUUAAGGAUACAGCUUGGAAAUUGGAACUGCAGUUGCCUUUUAUUAAACCCAUAUGGUGUAAUGUUUGUUUUUAAGGACUUCUUGUGCAGAUGAGUUAGUUAUAUAAGACUUGAUGCUGUCAUUUCUCUUGCUAUACUGUAAUUCAUGGUUUAAAUGAAUUUGAUAAUGAAAUAAUACCAUUAUUGUUCUUGAUGAAUACUUUUCUUAUUUUUAUGAUUUUUCUAAUGAAACUUUAAACUUUUAAGAUUUGAGAGCCUGUUUUCUAUAAGUAGAAUCACUGUUGUUACUGUUGUUACCAAAUAGAAAAGUUUUGGUCUGUGAUGCAUUUUAAUGGCUAUUCUCUGCUCAUAUCUAAGGUGAGAUUAUAUUACAUCCACCAAAGACUCAGUUUCAAGAUAAGGACUGAAUGAUAGAAAUAGGCUGACAUCCUUAAAAGACUAAUGAAUUUAACUUGCUUAAGCCAUUAGUACUAUCUAAUACAAGACAGCAUUUGACUAACACCUCUCUUAGUGUAGAUGUUAUUUGUCAUAAUUGGAGUUUUUGCUGAAAUUAUGGUAUAUUUUCUCUUCACUAAUUACAGUUUAUCUAGAAUUAGAACUCUAUAUGUCAGAGUUGGCCUGGGAAUGAAGUCAGGAUACAGAAAUUCCAGUUGCCUGUGAUGGGUCCUUACAAGUUUCAGCUAAGGAGUGACCCUGUCUUAUACACAGGGCUCUUUAUUACAUUCCAUGUCCUGGGCCUACCCAAGAUGACAUUCCUGGAGGUGGUGACAUUCCUGCUGUUUACAUGGCAUAGAUACCUGUGAGAUUAUCACAAUUUCAUCUUGCAAAGAGGUAGGUGUGGCUGCUUUUGACAGUUGAAAGUUAAGGGGAGCCAUGAUCUACCAUAUUUAGGAAAAAGUAAUUUAAAAAGUAGAUCAUGGAAAAAGAAUGUAAGACCUAGAAUUUAUCCCUUUGACAAUAAUCUGGCCUUUUUAAUCAUGGGAUGGAGUUGACUCACUAGUUUUUGCUAACUUUGACUUUCAGUAAAGGUUGAGGUAUUGUUU